AUGUCUCACGCCGUUGAUUAUCUCGUAGCAGAGUACCUCGCUGAGGAGCACCCGAGCGUGGCGAGAGCGCUGCGGAAGGACGCGCCGUCCCGCUUCCCGUUCGGCAAGAAGAACCUGCAGGAGGUCGUGAUGGCGUAUUGCGUGCAAAAGACUAGCCCUGCAGCGGUGGACAACAGCACCAGCUACGACUAUGGUGAUGGGGCCCACCACCCACCGCAGAAGGCUGCAAACACGUUGUCACCAACGCCAAUUCCGAAGCCAGCCGUGGAAAAGGCGCAGGUUGCCAACAGUAACCACGAUGACGAGUCAGUGAAGAAGCCAUCGGCCAAGAAGACGUCGCCGAAGGUCGCUCCAAAUAAGGCGGCCGUAGACACCGAUAGCUCCGACGACACCGAGCACGUUCCAAAGAACUCGGCGUCUGGCAAGAAACCAGCACCUCACGCAACGGAAGCGCCAGCGCGGAAGGCGGCGAGGAUGGAGUCAGAAGACGCAGCACAACGCACACCUCAUCACCUCAACGAGAAUGGCACCUUCCGCCGCUUCCAGCGCAUCGACCCAACCAAGGUGACGUUCCACGCCGAUGCCUUGCGCGACAACCGCCCAGGUGAGGAACACCUUGUGCUGCGUCAGAAUCAGGAGAUGAUGCGCACCAAGGGUAAGGGCUUCAAUAAACUAAAGCAGAAAAACAAGGGAAAGUUUUAUGGCGCUGGCGUUGACUUCAGUGUGCGCGCCUAUCAGUUCCCCGACAGUGACGACGAGUAG